UCACUGUCCAUUGUUAUAUCCUUGAACAAGGCCUUUAUAAGCCCAAAAAUACUUAACAUUUUAUUCAUCAUCAUCUUCCACUUUCCCUCGAAGGAUAGAAAUAAAAUUGAUUGAUUGUUAUGUGUUUACCUGAAGAGGAAAGAGAUAGAGUGAAAGACAUGGCACUAGAAGCAGUGGUUUAUCCACAAACACAAGAUCCUUUUAGUUAUGGAAUCAAAGAUUUUUACAACUUCAACUUCAACACUCUUGUUGCAAAAGAACAAGAACAAGAACAUAGAUCUUUCAGUUUUGUAGAAAACCAAACAGAAAAUAAUUGUCCUCCUUAUGUAGAUUGGAAUAACAACAAUAGUUCCACUUUUUCACCACCCCAUUUGAAUGAAGUUCAAGAAACCACUACUGACCCAAGUAGUAAUACUAAUAACACUCAAAACUUUCAUGCUUCACCUUCUGUGAACACAGUUAUUCGUCCAAAAAGGCGAAGAGCUAGAAGCAGGAAAAACAAAGAAGAAAUUGAGAAUCAGAGAAUGACUCACAUUGCUGUUGAGCGUAAUAGAAGAAAGCAGAUGAAUGAGUAUCUUUCUAUUCUUCGCUCUCUAAUGCCAGAUUCUCACAUCCAAAGGGGUGAUCAAGCUUCUAUAAUUGGAGGAGCUAUUAACUUUGUUAAAGAGCUUGAGCACAAGUUUCAUUUUCUUGGUGCUAAGAAAGAAAGAGUGGUGAAAUCUGAUGAAGCUGGUGGAUCAAACAACAUGCCAUUUUCUGAGUUCUUUACAUUUCCACAGUAUUCAACAAGUGGUAGUGUGUGUGAUAAUUCUAAUUCUGUAGCUACUAUUGGUGAAAAAGUUGGUGAGAUUCAAUCUUGCAUUGCUGACAUAGAAGUGACAAUGGUGGAAAACCAUGCAAAUCUUAAAAUAAGAUCAAGAAAGAGGCCAAAGCAGCUCUUGAAAAUUGUAUCUGGUUUGCAAAACAUGCGUCUCACAAUCUUGCAUUUAAAUGUUACUACUAUUGGUGAAAUUGUUCUUUACUCUCUCAGUGUUAAGGUUGAAGAUGAUUGCAAGUUGGGAUCGGUGGAUGAUAUAGCUUCAGCUGUAUACCAGACGGUCACUAGGAUUCAACAAGAGGCAAUGUUGAAUUAAGAUUCAUUAGUUUUUUAACCUUAUAAAUUAAAUCUAUCUCUCUCUCUCUCAAGAUAUGUGCCUAGCUAUUGUAAUGUUUAUUUAUCUUCUAUUACUCUAUAAAUUAUGGGCUCCUUGAAGGAAUUUUUUGGUUUAUUCCUUCUUAUGUUCUUAUAACUAGAUCCUAUUGAUCUCUA